GCGCUACGCCUGCGCCAGAACGGCUGCCUCGCUCCCGGAAGUGAAGGGUCUACGCUGAGUGCCGCUGGGUCUGAGUGACCGAAGGCAGUAGCGCUCGCGGAGAUCGCCCGCUGGCCCUCGAUCACCAUGUCAGCCUUCGACACUAACCCUUUCGCGGACCCAGUGGAUGUAAACCCCUUCCAGGAUCCCUCUGUGACCCAGCUGACCAAUGCCCCUCAGGGUGGCCUGGCUGAAUUCAAUCCCUUCUCAGAGACAAAUGCAGCAACAACAGUUCCUGUCACACAGCUUCCUGGACCCUCCCAGCCAGCAGUACUCCAGCCCUCAGUGGAGCCAGUACAGCCAACGCCCCAGGCUGUUGCAGCUGCAGCCCAGGCAGGCCUGCUUCGGCAACAGGAAGAAUUAGACAGGAAAGCUGCUGAGCUGGAACGCAAGGAGCGAGAGUUGCAGAACACUGCGGCGAACUUGCAUGUGAGAGACAACAACUGGCCGCCCCUCCCCUCCUGGUGCCCUGUGAAGCCCUGCUUCUAUCAGGACUUCUCCACGGAGAUCCCUGCCGACUACCAGCGCAUAUGCAAGAUGCUUUACUAUCUUUGGAUGUUGCAUUCAGUGACUCUGUUUCUAAACCUGCUUGCAUGCUUGGCCUGGUUCACAAGUGACGCGGCUAAUGGAACAGCCUUUGGCCUCUCCAUCCUUUGGUUUCUGAUCUUCACCCCCUGUGCCUUCCUGUGUUGGUACCGACCCAUCUACAAGGCUUUCAGGUCUGACAACUCUUUCAGCUUCUUCGUGUUCUUCUUUGUAUUUUUUUGUCAAAUAGGGAUCUACUUUAUCCAGUUGAUUGGCUUGCCUAAUUUGGGAACCAGUGGUUGGCUCGCAGCCCUGGCCACACUGAAAAAUGGGCCCUUACCUGUGACCAUCAUCAUGAUGGUAGUGGCUGGCUUCUUUACACUCUGUGCUGGGCUCUCGCUCUUCCUCCUCCAGCGGGUACAUGCCUUCUACCGCCGAACAGGAGCCAGCUUCCAGCAGGCUCAGGAAGAGUUUUCCCAGGGCAUCUUCAGCAACAGAACCUUCCGCAGUGCUGCCUCAUCUGCCGCCCGAGGAGCCUUCCAGGGGAACUAGUCUUCCUGACUCUCCUUCCCUCAGCCCCAGCCUCUUCCGUCACCUGCCUUCUGAGCUGCACUUUCCAUGGUGCCUUAUGCAGUGCUUACGCCCAGCACAGACCUGGCAGGGAUUUCGUCUUGUUCCUGCUCUUUUCUCAGUAGUUAGCUGUCCCUUCCACAUGAGGGAAGGGGAGGAAGGGACAUGGACUUCUAUUUUUUUUAACACAAGGGAAAAGAAAAAUUAACAAAGCUGUCUUUCCUUUUCUAAUGGUGGUUUGGGAGGAUUCUGUCUGGACGCAGUGGGACUGCUUCCCAUGAGAACAAGUGCACUCAUGUGCACGAGGGUCCAUGAACCACACACAGGAUCAUUGGCCUGUAUGGGGAUCAUUGUACCAGGAGUUUUCCACAGGCACCCUGGACUCCACUCCUCCCCUGCCGGCUUAACCUGUAUUGGGGCUUCCACAGUCUUGCCUUUCAUACUUAGGCUUCUGACUCCUCCAAGGGCUCCACUUUAGUUGAGCUGUGUUCUGGGUGGGUGCACAGAUGUUCUCCCAGUUUUCUUCACAGUAGAGUCAUAACAUCUGCUCUGCCCCGUGUUGUAACAGUACCUUGUGCCCUCUGGGGACCCUCCCUAGCCCUUCUCUUCAGACUCCUGAAUGUAAAGUGAAUGGAGUUGGUUGGGACUUGGGGAUGUGGAAUCAUGGAAGACAGUCAUUCAAGUUGUCCUGCCCAGCCUCUGCCAGGCUUCUGAGAGGGUAGGUGUCGGCUGACCUGUUCGUUUUGGUUUCUCUCCUCCUGAGGGACUCUGCCCCUCUGCCUCAGCCUUAGGCCUGCUCAUCUUCAGCAAUCCUUACCUUUAACAACUCUUAGGGUGGUUGGAAGAAAUUAGUCCUGAACUGUCCUGCAGGCAGGACCGCUGAGCCAUCUUUCUGAGGGUUCUUCCCAACCCUCGGUAGAGUCUAGCUCCCUUUCCACUUGUCAUGGGUCUCUACAGGUUGUCACUGCAGUGGCAUUCAGGAAGCCACUGUGGAAAUCCUGACUCUGUUGUGUCAGUAGUGCAGGAGCUCAGCAAGCUGGCCAGCUUCCUGCCUCUGGAACUGGAGCCUGAGGCUACGUUCAUGCUGUCGGCCCAUUUAGCCCUAGAGCCACUGAAUGGUAAUGACAGUCGCCAGGGUUUUGUAAACUUUCUGGUAUUAUUUUCCUCCAUGUACAAAUGUAUAUGUCAUGUCUCAAUUUUUGUGCUUAAAUAAAAAGAUUUUUGGACAGCA